CCAGCUCAGCGUUCCCUCCGCCCUCCCUCCAUCCUCCACCCUCCCUGCUCCGUCGGCCUGGGGGUCGGGCCAGCAACAAGUUAUUAACACAGACAUGGGCCAAGGAGCCAGAGGCCGCCCCGGGUCUGUGAGCUGAGCUCGAGGCUGCAGGACCAGGAUCAUUAUGGGGACAGCCAGCCUGAAUCCCCUUUGGGCAGCGCUCCUGUUUCCUCUUGUGUUUGGAGUCCCCAUGGAGGAAGUCACUUCUGGGGAAUCUGUGGCCUCCCGCCUCCCUGAGGGCUGCCGACGGUGUUGUGACCCCGAGGACCCACUGUCACCCAUCUCCCCCUAUAUCGUGCCUGAAGUCAGGCCUUACAUCAAUAUCACCAUACUGAAGGGUGACAAAGGGGACCGAGGUCCUCUGGGCACACCAGGGAAAUCAGGCAAGGAGGGUCCUCGAGGGGACCGUGGCCCUCAGGGUACCAAAGGUGACAAGGGGCAGGCAGGCAGUCCUGGCAGCCCAUGCCAGAUCCACUACUCGGCCUUCUCCGUGGGACGCAAGACGGCCCUGCACAGCAGCGAGGAAUUCCUGCCUCUGCUCUUCGACAGGGUCUUUGUGAACACAGAUGGCCACUUCGACAUGGCCACCGGCCGCUUCGUGGCUCCCCUGCCAGGCCUCUACUUCUUCAGCCUUAACGUGCACAGCUGGAACUACAAGGAAACCUACGUGCAUGUGGUCCACAACGAGAAGGCGGCAGUCAUCCUAUACGCGCAGCCCAGUGAGCGCAGCAUCAUGCAGAGCCAGAGUGUGAUGCUGCAGCUAGCUCAGGGUGACUGCGUCUGGGUGCGGCUUUUCAAACGUGAUCGGGAGAAUGCUGUCUACAGUGAUGGCAUGGACACUUACAUCACCUUCAGCGGCCACCUGAUCAAGCCAGAGGACCACUGAGCUUCCCCAGGCAGCUCAGAGGCUGGUGGCUAAAGCCAGGUCCUGCCCAUCCCUCAGGCUAAGUUCACCCCCCCACCCCCUACCCCCACCCCAGGGAAGUGGGGGGGCAUUUAUUUUGAUCCUUUCUACCAUCUUGCCUUGUUCCCUCAUGGUCUGUUCCCACCCGCCUCACUUCAUGACCUCAUUUUCAGAGCUUUUCAGGCUCAAAUAGUCCAGAAAUUUCCUAGCCUCCAGAACAACUUCUCACCCUCCAAUGUGUUUGGUGUUGGUCCCUGGCUUAGCGUUGGGGGUGAGCCCGGGAUUCUGCAUUUCUAGCAACUUUUACAGAAAUGCUGAUGGACCACACUUGAAGAAUCAGGCUGUAGAGCAUUUCCAACAUUCUAGGGAUUUUCCAAACGUUCUGGAAUCCCCCGACCUUCUAGGAGCCUCCCAGCAUCAGCAUCCUCAGAUUCUCUGCUCACCCUCCUGUUUUCUUUGCCCUUUCCAUCCCUCUCCACCCUCCUUUCCAGCCCGUCCUUAGAACCACCAUUCACUUAAUCAAACACUGAGCACCCACUUGGUGCCAGGCCCUGGGAAAACCCAGGCAAGGCAGACAUAGGUCCUGCCCCUCCCCCAGUGAGUGCCCAGCAGCCUGGGUUGGGGCGGGACACAUUUAAGUGGGUACAGAGAAGACUGGAGAGCAUAGUGGGUGUUCCUGUAGGUCUGAGUGCUCAGGCACUGUGGAUCUCUCCCACAGUGCUCCCAUGGUGGCACAAGUCUUUGAGUUGGAGGUAGCGUCCCCUGCUCAACCUCCUUCACCUCCUGCCCGAUGCCUAACAUUAAAGCAAAGCCCAGGGAGGGCCUUGGCCCAGAGAAGACCUGGGAAUUUAGAAGCACUGGCAGUGAAAGGGCCUCUGGGACGUGGAGUCUGUUCUUCCUGCUCCCUUUACAGCUGGUACAGUAACCCUGAUCUGUGAGAAUACCUGCGUAUUCCCUGCCUCUUGCUCCUCUUGCUCAAGGCACUGGAGCAUGUUUUCCUAGGACUUCUAGCCAUGGCCAGACUACCAUUUCCGGCCCCAGGUGCUCUGUGACCCUCCUGGCCCCUCAGUGCCUUGCCUCACUGGGCUUGUGAAGGUGCUUUAGGCCCUCAGGAGGCACUUCCCACCUCAAGGCUUCUCCUGCUCAUGCAACUUUUCCAGACGUCAUGGGUAGUGGGCAGGACAGAGGCCCCAGGCUUCAGCCCUCAGCAGGUCUGGGGACUGAAACUGGUGACAUUCAGGUUAGCUGGAGGCCUUCUCUGAGCCAUGCUGCCAAGACAGGCCCUGGGUGAGGCCAAAGUUGGGAGCAUCCUUCUUCUGGGUGUUUUUUCCAAGGUGUGUGGUCCGGUGGCCCCCUAACCUUUCACUCAUCCACGACAGGCUAUCAAAACUUCUCAGAAGGAGGUAGCCUCCGUCCAUUGGUGCUUCUGCAGACCCAGGGCAGGGGUGGCCCUGGGAGGGUGUCUCUGGUGCUUACCGUCAAGGGAGCCACGGCAUAUGGCCAAGUCAUAUAGGCAGGGCCUGCCAAAUGUCGUGAAGGAUGAGUCUACAAAACUACCCUCAGCCUGCCUGCCUCCUGCCGAAUUGGCCAGUGUGAAUAAAGAUGCUGGAUUCUCUUGGCA